AUGGCUGCCACCGGGUCUUGUGUCUUCCAUGGCGGUGUGUUUUUGGCUCUCCGGCGGGAUUGGAUGUCGUCCAACGGGAGUUUCAAAUCCGGUCCGAUUGGGAUCCCUAAUGCUCGGCGACUUGCUGUGUCUGCUACUUCCAUGGACCAAGUUGCUUCGACAUCCUCACCGGAGAUUACUGCUACCUCAUCGGCGAUGGAGAGUAAUGUGUUUGGUAAAGGCCGGUUUGAGAAGAAUCACGAACAUGCUGCGACAAAGAUUGUAGGAGUUGGCGGUGAAAAUGGAAGUCGGUCGAACUUUGGUUGGGAGGAUAUGGAAGUGCGGAAGAGCUUGAAGGACUAUUUUGAACAGUCGGUUGAAUUGAUUAGAUCGGACGGGGGGCCUCCUCGCUGGUUCUCGCCAUUGGAGUGUGGUUCUCGGAUGGAUAAUUCUCCUUUGCUUCUGUUCUUGCCUGGUCUUGAUGGAGUUGGACUUGGACUUAUCAAGCAUCAUCAAAAACUGGGGAAGAUUUUCGACGUAUGGUGCUUGCAUAUUCCAGUCCGGGAUCGAACGCCAUUUACAGAAUUACUGAAAUUGGUCGAAAAAACGGUAAAAGAUGAGCACCGUCGUUCCCCAAAGAAACCGAUUUAUCUUGCUGGAGAAUCCUUGGGAGCAUGCCUUGCUCUAUCUGUUGCUGCUUGCAAUCCACAUAUCGAUAUUGUAUUGAUUUUGUCUAAUCCAGCUACUUGUUUCAGUAAGUCGCCAUUACAACCUGUAGUAUCCUUGUUAGAACUCAUGCCAGAAUCAUUGCAAGUUAGCCUCCCUUACAUACUGAAUUUACUGAAAGGUGAUACAUCUAGACGGCCAUUGGAAAUUGUGGAACUCAUAUUGCAACAAAUAAUUAGCGAAUUAUCGCAGGAUCUUGGUGCAUUAUCUUCUCACCUCUCUGUUCUUGCUGAUAUUUUACCAGUAGAAACACUCAUCUGGAAGUUGAAAAUGCUUAAAUCUGCUUCAGCAGAUUCCAACUCACGGCUCCAUGCCGUAAAAGCUCAGACUUUGAUACUCUGCAGUGGCAGAGACCUGUUGCUACCCAGUAUUGAGGAAGGUAGAAGACUUAGUCAGUUUUUGCCAAAAUGUGAGAUUCGAAGAUUUUCCGACAAUGGCCAUUUUCUUUUCUUGGAGAAUGGUGUUGAUUUGGCUGCUACAAUCAGAGGUGCUAGUUUCUACCGCCGUUCACAAAAGCUGGACUUUGUUUCUGAUUUCAUCCCACCAUCGCCUGCUGAAUUCACAAAAAUAUUUAAGGACUAUAGAUUGAUUGAUUUGGUAACUAGUCCGGUGCUGUUUUCAACUCUAGAAGAUGGGAAAAUUGUGAGGGGACUCGCAGGUAUUCCUGAAGAAGGUCCGGUCCUGUUCGUUGGCUAUCAUAUGCUAUUGGGACUAGAAUUGGCUCCCAUGGUAGGCCAGUUUUUCAAAGAAAAGAACAUAAUUUUACGAGGGAUGGCACAUCCUAUGAUGUUUGUAAAAGUGAAGGAAGGAAGUUUACCUGAAUUAGCAUCAUAUGACUCAUUUAGAAUGAUGGGUGCUGUUCCUGUCACUGCCCAGAACUUAUAUAAACUUCUUUCUUCGAAGGCUCACGUCUUAUUAUAUCCCGGAGGCGUGCGUGAGGCUCUACAUCGGAAGGGUGAAGAAUAUAGGCUAUUCUGGCCUGAGCAAUCAGAGUUUAUCCGGAUGGCUGCUCGGUUUGGAGCCAAAAUUGUACCUUUUGGUGUUGUGGGAGAAGAUGAUUUUGGUGAAGUGGUUUUUGAUUAUGAAGACCUGAUCAAAAUUCCGUACUUCAAAAACCAAAUAGAGGCUCUAACCAGCGAAGCCGUGAGACUGAGGGCUGACAUGAAAGGGGAGGUAGCAAACCAAGCUGUCCACCUUCCUGGAAUUCUCCCCAAACUUCCAGGAAGAUUUUAUUAUUACUUCGGAAAGCCAUUUGACACCGAAGGUCAGAAAGAGGAACUACGAGACAGAGAGAAGGCUCAUGAGCUAUAUCUUCAAGUAAAGGGCGAAGUGGAGAACUGCCUUGCAUACCUACAGAGCAAAAGAGAGAGCGAUCCUUACAGACGGCUAUGGGAUCGUCUAGCUUAUCAAGCUAAGCAUGGCUUCACAUCUGAGGUUCCCACGUUCGAAAUCUGA